UCAUAGCAAAGGGAAGUGAUGGAACUGAGGUCUUCUUGGGCCUGAGGGAUGAUGGCACUGAAGUAGCAGUUAAGAGAAUGACCCGAAUAAACUAUCAAGUUCUCAAGACUGAGGAGGAAUURCUACGUCUUCCUAAACUUGAUAAUCCCUACAUUGUAAGAUAUGUUGACUUUGCCGAMGAUACAAUCUUUGGCUACCUUGUUCUUCAGCUGUGCGAAUACACCUUGGAUGAAUACAUCAAAGACCACUUACCAAAGGACAACCCURAUGUUCUGAAGGAAAUUGUACAUGAUGUUCUCUCUAGUCUAGGAGUGCUUCACAGAAAAGACACCAACAUACUCCACAGGGAUAUCAAACCCCAGAAUGUUUUGAUAGAUGUUACCGGCAGGGCAAGAUUAGCMGAUUUUGGUAUAAGUCGACAAUUGACCACGGGACAAACAACUGUAAAAACAAGAAGUGCCGGAACAAAAUGCUGGAUGGCCAGGGAAACUUUGGAUGAAGACAGCGAUAUCAGAUAUAAGCGGAGCACUGAUAUUCAGGUGGUUGGGAUGUUGACAUAUUACAUKCUCUCUGGUGGACACCACCCCUUUGGCAGAGGUCCUCGAUGUGAGAGCAACAUUCUGGAUGGGCAGUACAAUCUGGAUAACGUUGUAGAUGAGGUUGCAAAGGACCUCAUUGAGUGGAUGAUCAACGAAGACCCAAAAAAGAGYCCUACUGUGGAGGAGACCUUGGAUCACCCCUACUUCUGGGACGAGGAGAGGAGAGWUGAGUACUUGAGAAGAAUUGGGAAUGAGAAGGAGGUCGGGAAGUAUAGUGAUGCUGACCCAAAACUUCUAGAAGCUCUGAAACAAAGUGCCAUGGAGAGAACCUUCUGUCAGUGGAAAUCCAAGCUGCCSUCUGAAUUGAUGAAAAAGAUGGAUGGCAGAAAGCCCUACCCUGAGAACAUGUUGGGGUUACUACGUUUCAUACGCAACCUCCAUGAGCACUAUGCUGAGGAUUUAGAAUCUGUUGACCUGAUGAAAAUGUUCCCUGGUCUCUUUGGAUGUGUCUACGUGUUGGCCAAGGAACGGGGCUGGAAUUCGAGGCCUGGUCUGAAAAACAUGUUUCAGAGAGAUCUAAGCUCAUGAUUCUGAAAUGUAAACUGUCUGUCAUUUUAAACUGAUGAAAUAUGAACUAAUGUCAUACUCAAGACUCUUUGUAACUAGAGCCAGUGAUCUGUGUUAAGGACAUUUUAUAUUCUACAUUUUCACUGAUAGACCUAAUAUACAUAUGAUUUUUACAAACCAAGAUUACAUGGUUGUAGCAUACCUAUUAUGGGGGAUUUGAAUGUAAAUUAUAACCUUGUGAAAUCUUCAUCAGGCUAUUUGUMUACUUAUUACACAAAGCAUUGAUAUGAUAGCAAUGACUUGUCAACUUUAUUGUUCAUACAGUAGUUUUUUUUAAAGGUAUCUAGUAGGUUUCAUCCAGUGUUGUCCACUUUUUUUCUUUUUUUCUCCAUUUUAACACAGCUGUUAGACAWCAUAAAAUAUGCCUCAGUGACACUUCUACUCUAACAUCUCAAACAUUCAUGGUUGUUUUUAUUUGAAGGUUUACGGGAUUUGUAAUAAUAUGAAUUAUCUGGAUGAGAUCUUCUAGAGAUGUCUGGAUCAAAGUGUUUACAUUCUACAAUUAAAAAAAAAUAUAUAUCUGUGUAUUGCUUGGUAUGAAAAGGAAGUCUACCAAGUGUGCAUUGAAUCAACUGUAUUGCUCUCUCUAUUCAGUGAUUCAAUCAAGGAGCUCUGACGCCCUUUUGUGGAUAGAACUGAGAAUCAUCAGUUUCUAUAAAUUGAACACCACAAAAGAAUCCAGCAAGUCUCAAUAUAAUAAAAGGUAUCAAAUA